CACUUGUUAUAGAGUAUGAGUACAGAUUUUACCAACAAAUAUGAAGUGCCAGUCUCACUGUCCUUGGAAUCUCCGGCAACCUAACGAUGGACGGCGGCCAACGGAGAAUGUCAAUUGGUAAUGACGAGUUUCUCUUGGCAAGAUUCAUUCAGCAAGUGGAAGUGGUUAUGAAAAAAUGGAAUCUGCCAAUGGGCGGAAUGAGGAGGAGACCAUUCAACAAAUCUUAAGAUAUGAUAAAUCUGCAGCCAGUUAAAGCUCGUCAUGGAACUCAGAUUACUCAUAUUCCGUUUAUGAAGGAUGUGAUGGGAAUUGUUGCUUUGCCUGGGAAGGUUGGCAGGGACAAUCUCAGCAGUUCUCUACAGCUAUGCUCAAGAAAUUUUAGCAGUUGUUCACUCUGUCCCAAUCAAGAUGACAAGAUGUGGCUGCGUGAAGGCAAUCGGGACACAAUGCAAAGUGGUUCUGGUUCCGUUGAGGCAGUAAUCCGCCAUUCCAAGAAGCUUGAGAAUGAAAUGAAAGAGAUAGGUCUCAAAAUCAAGCACCAUGAAGAUAAUUUCGGAUUCCUAAAGGUUGAGAUGAACAAGUUGGAUGGUUCAAUUUCAGACAUUCAAGUUGAGCUUGGCCAGUAUCUUUCAGAAAGUGGAACUGGUUCUGAAAAUAAGGAAUCUUCCAAUGGGCAGAACGAGGAGGAGACCACUCAACAAAUCUUAAAAUGUGAUAAAUCUGCAGCUGGCAUCUAUUGCCAGCUGAAACCUCAGAUUGCUCGUCUUCCAUCGCUGAAGAACGUGAUGGGAAUUGUUGCUUUGCUUGGGAAAGUUGAUGACGAUAAUCUCAGCAGGAUUCUCUCCAAUUAUCUUGGGCGAGAAACAAUGUUGGCAGUUGUUUGCAAGACACAUGAUGGACUUGAAGCACUGGAAAAAUAUGACAAGGAUGGUUUUAUAGAUAAAAGUUCUGGUCUUCAUGGACUUGGAGCUUCAAUGGGGAGACCUUUGAAUGAUCGAUUUGUCGUAAUCUGUGUACAGAACUUGAGUCCCUACGCUGGUGAAUUUAUUGCCGAUGACCCUGAGAAGAAACUUUCUAUAAAGAAGCCAAGAUAUCUCAAUGAUGAAGUUCCUUCUGGAUUUAUUGGCUUUGCUGUCAAUAUGAUCAAUAUUGACUCAGCGAACUUGUAUUGUGUGACAAGCACUGGUCAUGGGCUGAGAGAGACCCUCUUCUACAAACUUUUCUCACGGUUGCAAGUAUACAAAACAAGGGCAGACAUGCUGCAGGCACUACCUGUUGUAACUGAUGGAGCUGUAUCAUUGGACGGUGGGAUAAUAAAGAGAUAUGGUGUAUCUUUCCUAGGCGAGAGGGAUGUAGAGAUCAAAUUUCCGAAGAGUUCCGGAAGGUCGAAUCUACCUGAAAACUACUUUAGCACUGAGCGCCAAAUGAAGGAGCUGAAAUGGAAAAGAGAAAGAUUUUUUGAAGAUUUACAGAGAGAACAAGGAUUGCUGGACCAUGCGAAGCUCAACUUUGAAACAAAGAAACGGGAGUUUAUCAAGUUUCUUGAAGAUAGCUCAUCCUAUGUUUCCGCGACGUGGUUGUGGAGAAGAUUAAAGGAAAAGCAGAUGAUGCAGCUGCUGUUAUCAACAAGCUGCUCAGAUCACCAAAAUCUGAACAACUGUAUUUCAAAUAUGCUCAUGACAUACUUGAUGCGGUUCCACUUCUUGGAGAGGUUCGGACCCAUAAGCUUAGCAGUAUGCUUUCAACAUAUCUUGGAGAAGAUCAGAUGCUUGCUCUGUAAUAUGUGAAUCCCGUGCAGUUGCCAGAGCUCUUGAAAAUUAUCAAAUGGAUGGAAAUGUAAAUUGCGCCAGUGCUUUUGACAUAUUAGCAGCUAAGCAUGGAAUUUCCAUGAAGGGUCGAUAUUUGGUUAUAUGCCUUGAGGAUAGAAGUCUCUUGCAUCGUCUUAUUUUUUAGCCUUUUGUUUUAUAGCUGGAAAAUAGCUGUUAGUCAUGCAUGGAUUGAGAUCAUGGAACGGAUUGUGUGGGAGCAUCUCAUGGCUUAGUCCAUCUUAACUCUUCUUUGUCUUGAGAUGAUUCAGUUUCUUCUUCUUUUUAUUUUGGAAGAUGAAGAUGUAUAUUUUCUUGUUGCACACGCUCUGUUUCAUGUCUAUGUAGGGUCAAAGCAAAUAAAAAUCACCGUCAUGUUCCAUUCUUAGGGGAAAACGGGAAACAUUUUUUUUUUAUAAUGGUAAGAACUUAAGGGGAAAGGGAAACAAAUAUUUGUAGUGCCAACAAGACCUUAGCAUGUGGAGACUUUUGUGUACAAAAAUGAGCAUUUCCUUGCUUAAAGUUAUGUCUUGUCAGGACGUAGGUGUUGGAAUGGAAUAGCUCUCUGCAUUUUGAGAAUAGAAGAUGACAGAAGCAUGGGAUUUAAAGAAUGUUAGAGUGGGUUAGAGUCCUACAUUGGUUGGGAAUUGACGGGUGGUUUGCAUAUAUGGCCUUGGGCAAUCCUCAUUCCUCCCCUUGUAGCUAGCUUUUAUGGUUGAGUUAGCACGAGGUGCCGUAUAUGUACAUGGUAUUAGAGCCAGAUCCAUGCUCCAGUUGAGCCUGGUGUGAAGGGGUUGUUAGAGUUCAACAUUGGUUGGGACCGGUGGUUUGCAUAUAUGGAUUUGGUCUCUCCUCCCUUUGUGAGCUAACUUUUGGGGUUGAGUUAGGUCCAAGUGUCAUAUCUUUACAAAGAAGUAGGCAAAUAGUGAAGUUCACUGUACUUUUCAGAAAAAAAAAACAGAAAAAGAAAAAGGAAGCUCACUGUACUUGUUUAAAAAAAAAAAAAAGAGGAAGUUCGCUGUAUUAUUAUUGACACUUGUAUCUUAUACUCUGAAAUCCAGGAUUCUCUCCAAUUAUCUUCGGCGAGAAACAAUGUUAGCAGUUGUUUGCAAGACACAUGGAGGACUUGAAGCACUGGAAACAUAUGACAAGAAUGGUUUUAUAGAUAAAAGUUCUGGUCUUCAUGGACUUGGAGCUCUAAUGGGGAGACCUUUGAAUGAUAGAUUUCUUGUUAUCUGUCUAGAGAACUUGAGACUUGCUAUGAAGAAGCCAAGAUAUCUCAGUGAUGAAGUUCCUUCUGAAUUUCUUGGUUUUGCUGUCAAUAUGAUCAAUAUUGACUCAGCGAACUUGUAUUUUGUUACAUGCACCGGUCAUGAACUGAGAGAGACCCUCUUCUACAAACUUUUCUCACGGUUACAAGUAUACAAAACAAGGGCAGACAUGCUGCAGGCACUACCUGUUAUAACUGAUGGAGCCGUAUCUUUGGACGGUGGGAUAAUAAAGAGUGUUGGUGUAUCUGUCCUGGGAGAGAGGGGAGUAGAGAUCAAAUUUCCGACGAGUUCCAGAAGGUCGAAUCUACCUCGUCGACACUGAGAGCCAAAUGAAGGAGCUGAAGUGGAAAAGGGCAAGAUUUGUUGAAGAUUUACAGAGAGCACAAGCAUUGCUGGACCAUGCAAAGCUUAAUUCUAAAAUAAAGAAAUAAGUGUUUAUCAAGUUUCUUGAAGAUAGCUCAUCCUUGUUACCGCGGCAAGGCAAAUGAGGAGCUUGGGAAGGAUCUUUUGCAGACCUUACAGUAAAAGAAAGGAAACAAUCUCUAUAAAAGGCAUCUCGGCGAGGACAGCCAUGCCACCACAUAUGUGUUUGGACGACCCUAGAGCCCACCAGUAGAACCCAAUCCUUAAGAGACUAUGGUCUAAGGGGCUAAGCUUCACCUCUUAUAUCACUGUUGAUUCUUUUCACGACUUGGGCUUUGAUAAAGACGUAAUUGUGGAGAAGAUUGAAGGAAAGGCGGACAGUGGAGAUGCUGUAUCCACAAGCUCAGAUCAGCAAAAUCUGAACAGCUAUAUCUCAAAUAUGCGCAUGACAUACUUGACGCGGUUUCACUUCUUGGAGAGAUUUGGACCCAUAAACUCAGCAGGUUGGUGCUGGUAUCCUUUCUGAAUAGCUAUAUCUCAAAUAUGCUCAUGACAUACUUGACGCGGUUUCACUUCUUGGAGAGAUUCGAACCCAUAAACUUAGCAGCAUGUUUUCAACAUAUCUUGGAGAAGAUCAGAUACUUGUUGUAGCAUGCAAAUCCCGUGCAGCUUCCAGCGUGGUUGAAAAUUAUCAAAUGGAUGGAAAUGUGAAUUGCGCCAGUGCUCUUGACAUAUUAGCAGUUAAGCAUGGAAGUUCCAUCAAGGGUCGAUAUUUGGUUAUAUGCCUUGAGGAUAUUAGGCCAUAUAUGCCAGUAGUCAUCAAUGAUCCCCAAAGAGAACUUGCUUUUCCGCACCCUACUUUUUCAAACGGAGAAACUCCCCCAGGCUUUUUAGGCUGUGCGGUUAAUGGUACUCCUUCCUGCAGAACAUCUGCAGUCUAGAACUGCUUUAGGUCAUGGUCUCGGGGAGACAUUAUUUAUUGUCUGCUCUGUAAACCUCAAGUCUACAAGUGUAGAGAGCACUUUACAUGGCAAGAUCCUGCAUAGAAGAUGGUGCAGUUUCCUUGGAUGGUAAUGGUGAGAGGAAAUGGAGUUAUAUAUAAUGGAUCCAAGGAACCAUAUAUUCUAUUUCCAGUUAUCUGUCUGGAAAGACAGUUGCGCCUCUCACCUGAGAAGGUAGAAAGAUUGAACGGAAUCGGAGACUUGAGGCUGGAACUAAAUCAUAUGGAAGAUUAGAACAGGAAGAGAUUAGGUCUAGGGCAAAGUACAAAACGCCGAAAAGCCCAAGUAUCAAAAGCAGAUAGACGAUCAGUUGGAACCUUCACCUGGAAUGUACAAUUCUGACAUGGAUAUUAGCAGAACUAGUAGUUGAUGCUGAUUUGCUUCUUCGGAGGCUGGCUUGUACAUGUAAUUACCUGAAACAAAUCCUCUGUUUAUUUUGGCUGGAGACCUCCCUUGUUCGGAACAUAUUUGUGUCUUUCCAUAUCUGUUUGUGAAGAAACGGUGUGUAGUAUACUGUACAAAUCAACACCUACAGCCAGUCCAACAAAAUGAAUGAUCAAGGUGUAUCUUUCCACCUACUCUGUCUCAGCUUCAGCCUUCAGUGGGCAGAGUUAGUUGUCUUUUGUGGAGUCACAGGAAUCAUUUAUUGAUCUCUGUUUGGAAUGGAAUUAAAAAUGAAGCUGUUGCAUCUGGUUCCCUUUUCAGAUAUGCUUUUCUGUUACAGUAGGAAUAACUACUGAUUUUUGCUUUU